UCAGCGCGUCACCUGUUUGAAUGGAGCGGCGGCAGCGCGCGGCCCUCAGCCGCGAGAGAGAGGGAACGAGCCGCGGGGCUCGGCCAUACCAACACCAUCGCCUCACGGCUCCUCCCACCAAAACUACGCGCCAUCCAUCCCGCCCGCUUUCAGCGGCCCGGCCUCAACUCCCCGACAAACUCAAUCUUAGCAAAAGAGAGAAGGAAAAAAAAAUAAAAUGGCGUCCAACAAAACAAGAAGCAGGAAAAGAUUCUUGCAUUGAAUCACAUCACUUGCCAAAGGAACUCCACGUGGGUGCGCGACGGCCCUCAGCGUGUCAAAAGCUAAUUGGUGGGUUGGGUGAUGGACUGCGACGUGGACCAAUCGUGGUACAGUAGGAAGGCGGGACGUGUGAUUUGGAACAUCCGGAUCGUGUGCGCGUUGGAACGCUGGUACCUGCGGAUGAGAAUGUAGCGAGUUCAGUUUGUUACCUGGAGCCAAGGGAAAAGCAGGCCAGUAACUGUUAGGAGGGACAGCUACCUAUAGUCAGUGGGUUGCAGCAGGUCACAGCUACUGAACUAAGGUUUUCUUCGAGUCACAGUGAAGAGGCACCGUUAGCUUUAGCCUGAUCACUUUGCAGUGGCUGCCUACUACAGCUUGGGACUAUACAGUUGUAAGAAGAAGGCAUUGCUACCUGCUUACAACUUUAUGACACUCUCUGCCAGCACAGAAACCCAGGGCAAACUAAACUCUGAAUUCAUGUUUUAUAUUUUGAGUUUGUACUUCGGAAUUCAGUAGCUGUAAUUAACCACUUCUGGCAUUAAUUCUAUUAGAAUUUUAUGCCUAUUAUUAUCUUUUCAGCCUGGUCUUAUUGAGAUUUGUAUUAUAUACAUAGUAAGAAAAUGGGUUGGUCCAGCAAAAGCCUUCAUUGUUUUCUGUUACUUGGAUUGCUGCUGUUAUGUCGCCCGUCAUCAGGGUUUGACAAGCUAUCGUGUCCUACUUGCAAAAAAAUAACCAGCAAUUUCUUAAAGGGUGUAGAAGAUACUUCCAGAAAGAAUUUUGGUGGUGGAAAUACUGAUUGGGAAGAAAGAUAUUUGUCAAAAUAUGAAUUCAGUGAGACUCGUCUCGUGGAAAUCGUUGAGUCCCUGUGUGAGAAUUCGGAGUUUGAAUGUAAUCUCAUGGUGGAAACCAAUGAGGAGUAUAUUGAGCGCUGGUGGUUCACAAUGCAGAAAAAUCAUCCUAAUUUCUUCCUCUGGUUCUGUGUGGAUACAAUUAAAGUUUGCUGUCCUGCUGGGACCUUUGGUGCAGACUGUAUUGGAUGUCCUGGUGGUGCAGAUAGACCCUGCAAUGGGCAUGGUACAUGCGCUGGUGAUGGCACACGGACUGGUGAUGGCUCUUGCAGCUGCACCAAGGAAUACAAAGGAGAAGAAUGUCUAGAUUGUGCAGACAGCUACUACAGCGAAUUCCAGAAUGAAACCCAUUCACUCUGCACAGCUUGUCAUCCUGCCUGCAAAAUGUGUACUGGUCCAUCGAGCAAGAACUGCACUGAAUGUGCAAGUGGCUGGGUAGAAGCUGCUACUGAUGAAGAUGGACCUGCCUGUGUAGAUGUCGAUGAAUGUGCAGCAGAAACCUUACCUUGCAAACAACAUAACUUCUGUUCAAACACAGAAGGGUCCUACUCCUGUGAAGCCUGUGAUGCUGCCUGUGAUGAAUGUACUGGAGGAAGUCCAGAAGAAUGUAUCAACUGUACAACUGGGUACACAAUGGAGGAGCAAAAAUGCAUAGAUAUAAAUGAAUGCAGCUUGCCUGAUAAAGUGUGUACACGUGAAAAUGAAGAUUGUGUUAAUACAGAAGGCAGCUUUAAAUGCAUCUGCACUGAAGGAUAUGAAGACCGAGAUGGGGCCUGUGUAGAAAAAGAAGUGCCAGUAGUAUUGAAGGAUUCUGAAGAGCAAAAUGUUACUGAAUCUGAAACUUUAGCAGAUGUUGCGCCUCAUGAAGACCUUUGACGCACUGCUCAACAUAUUAAUUUGUCUUGUACAAAAAUCUGUGGGCAUAUUUUGAAGAGGGCUGCUGUUUAUGAACGAGGAAGAAGUUAUUUUUCAACCAGAAUGUAAAACAUGUUGCCAAUAUGAUUUGUUUACAUGACCAAAAGCUGCCAAUUACUGGCAUGUUCCCAUUUUAAACUCCUUGGAUCACAAUGCUCUUUGCUCAGUUCUUUGUGUCACAAAUGUGUCUGUCCUUUUUAUGGGAACAAAUUUUGUCAAUAAAAAAACAACUUUGUAGUGCUUUUGAUGCCAGUAAGUGUACCUGGAAGGUUAAAGUUUUAACCUUGAUACAUGAUCUUUUUAUGGUAGCACUGAGUCUCAUAUCUAAAGAUUUAAAAUCUAAACAGUUUUCAGUUGACCUUUGUGAAUGUACCCUUUGUUGUUGUGAUUGUUAGAUCUUUGUUAGCUGAAGAUUAGCGUUUUUAAAAUGGACAUUAUAAAACAAAAAUUCGGGUUUUGUCGCUACAUCUACUCUGGAUUCUGAUUUUAAACUUGACUGAUGAUCAUCAUCAUCCAACUAAUCUCAAUCUCCUCAAUGCUAACUUACCUGUUGGACAUUUCCAGUAUUUUCUCUCAUUGCAAAUUGUAUUUUCAAGGUUUGCUGGUACUGUAUCCUUAAUUUCUGAAUUUGGAGAUCAUUGCAUCACUUGUAAGAUUCUCUCUCUGCAAUCUAACCACAAAAAGGCAUUGUUUAUACUCCAUUUACAUUUUUUUUAAACUGGGGGCUAUUUUAAACUAUGAUCCUUGUGUUUGAUUAUUAAGAUUUCUGUCUUCAGAAUUGUUAUUUAACCAUGUUUGUGACACUCCUGCACUCAAAUGGCAUUGCCUAGUAUUAAAUAUAUGGGAAUUGUAUCAAAGAUGUUGUAGACAUAUUCCAAUGGAAAUUUCUUUUGGGUGCUGUUAAUUGGGAAGAUGUCUACUACUCACUUUAUCCCCAUUUUAAAUCUCUAAUCAGUAUUUGCAUUGACGCAGGAAGUAAGUUUGUGGGCCAGCAUAAGUUAAAUUGGUGCAAAAUGAAUAUGUUGAAGAUUGGAUACUCCUGCCUGCUUUGCACUGCUUCAUUUACCUGCCUGUAUAAAACUGGACUUUCAGGCUUUUAAGCUGUUGUGCUCUAUAGGGAGAUCAGAGAUUAUUAUUGAAAUUGCAGUGUAGGCAGGUCUUUGCUGAGCAUUUUCCUUAUUUUCUUCCUUGCCACUGAUGUGCUUUAAAUUAUUUUGUGACUCUUUGUGGUGCUGUACUUUUUCUACUCCCAUUGCAAUUGUGUCACAAGGAUAUUCUCAUUGAUAAUUCCUCUAUUUCUGUUUUCUAGAGGAGGAGCAACAUAGGGAUGCAAGGCAGGUUAUGUUGCUCCUGAGGUAGUUGGCACCCACUAGUACCAUCGCGCUAGCGUAUACUGCCAAAAGUGCACAUAUUUCCAAUGUGCUAUGGAAGAUUUGAUUAAAUUUGAUUGAAUUUUAAUUAAAUAAAUGGGGAAUGAAAAAGAACCAGUACCAAAGAUGACCGUGAAACUACCAAAUUGUUGUAAAAACCUUGAUUGGCUUACUAAUGUCUUUUCAGGGAAGAAAAUCUUCCAUCCUUAGUCAGUCUGCUGUAACUCAGGAGUCACAAAUAUGCCAAUGUGAUUAACUCUUAACUGCCCGCUGAAAUGACCUAGCAAGUCACUCGAUUGUAAAGAAGGUGGUUCACCACCACCACCUCAGGCUAAUUAGGGAUGGACAAUAAUUGUCAGCGACACCCACAUUCUGAGAGUGAGUAGUAAAAUAACUUAGCCCGCAAUGCAAACAGACUUGCUAGAAAACUGAUAUGGCAUCACUUGUGCCUGUAAAGCACACUCAACAUUGAUAUAUCUGGCUGAUGUUUGCAAUGAAGGGACAGCAUUUCAUAGAUGGAUGAAGCAAGUCUUACAUGCACAACAUUGUUCAGUACUAGCCCACAUUGCUUUUAGUGGGCUUAUGCCAAUCAGAAAAAUCUGGGUAACAGAGCAAUGUUCUGUUGCGUUAAUAGUGGUGGUUGUAGUUGCCAAGUUAAAACACUAGUUUGUAUUUGGUGAUUUAACUAAUGUGUUAAAAGAGCGUCCUUUUGCCUCUGGCACUAGGGUGAAAGCAUUGGUUAGACGUCAUUGCAAGAAUGCCUUUUUAUAAAUUAGAACUGGCCUCGCUGUUUUAUUCUGGGUCCCUGACCAAAAGGAAAGCUAAGGUAGGAAGAAAAAAGGCAACAUUGAUAUAAGAGAAGAUAAUUUUGGUAAUUAGCUGAAUCAGUCAUAAAUUUGUCCAGCUUUGGUUGUCCAUACCUGAAUUUCCAAUAUGUUCUUUCUGUCAACUUCUAAGAUUACUGGGAUUAAGUAAAACUCUGUUUUCUAAUUAUUAAAAAUACCUCAAAACUAA